AUGCAACAUAAUUCAUUACUUAUAUGUCAACGGUGUAAACAAAUGCUUUAUUCUCAUAUUGAUUUAUCUAAAACAAUGAAUGAUGUUAUACAAAGUGGACAAAGAGAUGAAAAUUGUUCAUUAAUUGCAGAAGCAGGAUUUAAGUCAAAGGCAUUUGUAUGUGAUGAGUGUUUACAAAUUGUGUUACAUAAAAUGGAAGAUUAUGAAGACUUUGAACGAUACCAUACAACAAAAUGGAAUGAACUAACAGAAGAAAUAGAAAAUAUAAAAGAAGAUAUUGAUAAUAUUGAUGUAAUUCUUCAAGGAUAUGAAAAUACAAAAGAAAAUGAAGAGUCAGUAAAACGGUUAAGAGAAUUAAAAGAACAAUCUUUUGAACAACUCAACGAAUUACUUAAAGAAAUUGAUAAAUUCGAUAUUAAAUGUACAGAAAGUAUAGAAAAACAGUACUGGACAAUCAACAAUAAAUUAUUGAAAGACCUUCAACAAUCAACAGAUGAACAAUUAGAAUUAAGUAAUACAAUAGCAUUAUUAAAAGACGAAUUACAAACAAUUGAAAAGAGAAGUAUUUUUGGUUCAUUGUUUGAAGUUGAGUCAUUUAGUGAUGGUUCAGUGACACUAUGUGGUAUUCCUUUUAAAUAUUCUAUUGAAAAAGUUAAUGAGUUUAAUAUUGCAAUGGGAAAAUUAGUAUUAGGUAUUUAUUUAAUGGGAAAGAAAAUUAUUCCUAAACAUUCAACAAUUCCAAUUCCAUUUGAUGAUCAUUCUCAAAUAUCUGUACAGAUAGGUCAAAAGAAAAAUGUUUAUAAUUUAUUCAUUCAAAAUCAAUCAUUUUAUUCAGAAGCUGAUGAAUCAUUCAAAGAAGGAUUUAAGCAUUUGAUUUAUUAUUUUAGUGACUUGUAUGAAAAGUGUUCAGAUAUAUGGCCAAAAUUAAAAGAAAAAUAUCAUUACGAAAUUAAACCAACAACAAUGUGCGUAUUUGAUACAAAAUUAAAUAAAAGUUAUUUACUUAUCUUUGAUAGAACAAAAAUAGAACAAUGGAACAAAGCUAUUGUUGGAUUAUUAAAAUUGUUUAAUUACCUUUCAAUUAAUUUUGAUAGACUACUUGAUAUAAUAGAGAAAACGAGUGUAAUAGUAGCACAAGAAAAUGAAUAA